ACCCCUUCACUGUGAUUUCUUAUUGGACCAAAGCUCCUAUCACUCACAGCCCAACGUUGGUUGCUAUGGAAGGUGGAGGCUAUGGAAACCGAGAGAUGCCAAGCUACAGGAAGUAACUGAAAACGCAGCGGCUUUGAUUAUUUUGAACGUCGAACUUUCAAAAAACAUUAUUUAAAAAUUACUUUCGAAAGCAUUUAACCAGUGCUAUAAUUAAAAAUUGAAACGACAUAUUUCGAGUGUAUUUAAUUUUUUAUCCAUGCAAAACGCGUUGUUUUAAUGUGUGUAAGGCCUGCUACACGUUUACUUUUAGAAACGUUUCAUUAUUAUUAUUAAUUGACCCGAAAGUUGUUUUAGAAUUGUUUUAAAUAUAAAACGUCACAAAAUAACUCUUAACGCUGUGUUUUAGAUCUAUCUUUAUUAGCUCAUUUGAUUUACCUCUCGUUAUUAAAUGGCCAUAUAUGAGGUUUACUCCCACCCUGCUUUAUUAAGAUACAAGACCAGUAUCUGCACGAAAGCCACCGUGUUUUUAUUAAUCGUUUUGGUGCUCACCUACAUUCCACCUUUGCUGGUUUCUUACAGAAGUCAAGGGUUCUGGUUAAAACUCAGUACCUAUGAGGAGCAGCCAAGUGUACGAUUUCAAUACCAGGUUUUGUUAAUCGCAGCGACUAGUACCAGUGGAGACUACGUUGCAUGGAGUACAUAUCAGAACUUCAAUAACCUGCAGGGAACCAACCUUAGAAUACCUUCAAUAUCAGUGAGAGAAGAAGAUCAGAACCAGGAUGGGAAGUUUGACCAGCUCAGUCUCUCAUUGGGACUCCCACUCCAGUCCACAGAACAGGUGUACAGUGUCCAGCUUAUACUCACAUUCUCAUACCAACUUUUUAGGAUGUCUAACUUCGUAAUGCAGUGUAUGGCAUUCAUUCAACACUCCUCUCCAGUACCUGGAUCGCAGCUUUAUAUCAAUGGGGAUCUGAGGCUACAGCAGAGACAGCCCUUGAGUCACAGGGGUAUCAAUACCAGAUACAAUGUUUCUGUUAUUAAUGGAAGCAGCCCAUUUGCCAGUGCCUAUGAUCUUACUAACAUCAUCAGAACUUACCAAGAAAGAAAUGUUUCCACGCUGCUGUCAAACCCAAAUCCUGUGUGGACGAUGGUUCGAGCUGCCGGUACCCCGUUUCAAAUAAAUGCCGUUAUCAGAUACCCCAUGGAGAUCAUUACUUAUCAGCCUGGCUUUUGGGAAAUGAUUAAGUUUGCCUGGGUUCAGUACGUCAGCGUUCUGCUAAUUUUCCUGUGGGUUUUUGAGAGGAUCAAGAUCUUUGUUUUCCAGAACCAGGUUCUGCCCACAGUAGCAGUCCCUCCAUUCAAACAGCACCAGUCCUAGACCCGACUGAACCCACAGAACCAAGACAGCAGUGUGAAAUAGAAGGUGGCCUCUUCAAAUCAUUUGAUAAGGUUUUGCAGGAAGAGUUGCUUGUGUUUGCAUCUUUGGAAACAUUUUUUUUAAUACUGACUUUCUACACAAGCUGCACAUAUUUAGUUUGAUUGUGAAAUAGAAAUGUAUGUAACACAAGUUAUAUUUUUGUUAGAUCCUUCGAUACAGCAGUUAACGUUGCACAAACUUCCACAAAAUAGAACUGUAUGAUUUUCUAUGUAAUGUUUAAAGACAGAGGUCCAUAAUUUAAUAUUUAUACCAUUAAAACACAUUUGACAUGCUUUUAAAUACAAAUUACACCUAGUACUGUAUUUUUACAAGCACUGUUAGAGAUGUUGGUCUUCAGAACAAGCCCUAUUUUAAUUUUCCAGACAUUGGUGAUAUUUAGGUCCAUGUCUGUUUCGAUUAAAUAAAUAGACCCCAAUAUCUUUAUUCUGGUGGCAGUAUGUCGAUUUUUAAGAUAUUGAUUUGUGAACCUAUCGAUUUUUAAACUCGGAUAUACUUUGAGGAAAGGUUUGUUUUGCUGUUAUGCUGUAUCUUCCCCGUGAAACAUAAGACUUCAUGGUUAACUUUACUCCAGAGAACAGUCUGUUGCAUUUUGUGUAAAAGGAAAAUGAAAAUGAGUGUUACUAAAUUAACAAGGAUCAAAAGUGAAGUUGUUUCUUAAAAAAGCUUUGAACAUGAUUGAUGCUGCUGAUGGUUUUCUGGAGUUGUCAUGAAACAUGAAAGCUUUCGGUGAAGACCUACUACUGUAUAGGCUUGCUGUUUGCUUUCAAAACAGGAUAUGCUACUGUACAUCCUCUCUGUUAAAGAAAUCACAAGCCUAAUAAAUAGGCCUAUUCAGGGACUAGAUUGGCAAAACAAGUUAUUUGUUUUUUCCUAAUGUGUGUUGUAAUUUAAUCAUAAAAAUAAUUUUUAAUGGAAUUUUUUUAAACAAGUGGCAUUCUUCAUUUUUGUUUUAUAUAACUUUGUACUUUUGUAAAUAAAAAUAUGAAACAACCAGUUUUUUUCAUGUAAGAGUUAGAUGAAAAGUACAUCAAGUUUGCAGGCCUGUGGUAUAGCACAUUUAAUUUGGCAUUGGGAAGUAAAAGGGCUCAGAUCCAAUUGACCUAGUUAUUUUUUUUUUAGAUAUUAACAAUGUGUAAUCUAAUACAUAUUAAUUAACUAUGACCAUAAACUACAGCAUGUUUUUAUUUGUUUUAUUAGUAUUCUUUAAUAAAACGGGUCUCUCAAAAUAAUGAAGUAAUUUACUUUGGCCUUAUUUCAGACAGGACUGGUUAAAGCCAAUAUCUGCGCCUGUGAGCUGUCCUUUCCCUUGCUCUUUGUCUGUCAGCAACAUUAAGCAUGCCAAGUCUCUAUGUGGUCAUACUGCUGUGGCGCCUGUCUGUUUCCCUGUUAAAUGUAUGGAAGUCUAGUCUCCAUGGUGUUUUUCUGGUGUUGCUGACACCAAUAGUAUUUUCUCUCAUUCUAUGAAGAAUGCCAACCUGUUUUUUUGAGUACAUAUUCCAGACUGGCAGCCAGACGAAAAAUCUGCACUGCCCCUGUGAUUUUAAGAAGCUUAAUCCCAAUGCCAUUUGGUUGAUGAAAUUGACUGUGGUUUGAGCUAAGGACUGCAGGUCAGAAGAGUCUAGGUUCAGUUCCCGGCAUCAUGGGCAAGUUGUACCAAUUGAAAUAAGAUACCCCAUUAUAACUGAGCUGUAUUAUAUUUAAAAAACACAAAACAUAUUUACACGUUCCUGACUGAUGGCUGAUAGGAAACCAUGCACUGCAGAUAUAUAGAAUAUCAGUGCUACUUGUGGCAGCAGUGUGGAGGAGUGGUUAGGGCUCUGGACUCUUGACCGGAGGGUUGUGGGUCCAAUCCCAGGUCGGGGACACUGCUGCUGUACCCUUGAGCAAGGUACUUUACCUAGAUUGCUCCAGUAAAAACCCAACUGUAUAAAUGGGUAAUUGUAUGUAAAAAAAAAUAAUGUAAUUGUAUGUGAAAAUAAUGUGAUAUCUUGUAAUAAUUUUAAGUCGCCCUGGAUAAGGGUGUCUGCUAAGAAAUAAAUAAUAAUACUUG